AUGGCGGUAGCCACCACCUUACGGUGGUGGUGGUUGUUCUUGAUUUUCCAGCCCAAACAAACAACACACACAACACACACGUUAGAUACUUGCAACGGAUCCACCCACCCACCUGGUGGCGACGGAAUAUGGCAGCGGCAGCAGCCACAGGUGGCAACAAUAGCAGUUGACGGCGGUUUGCGAUGUAACUAUGGAAGAGAGCGGCGGAGGGCAACCGGGGUGCAUGAAAUAGUUACUCGACGGUGGCAGCGACAUCGAGCAACGCCUCUUCAGCCCCAACUGAACCAACGUCCAUACACUGGUCACCCACAACCAUGGUGGCGUCUAACAGAAGAAGGAAAGAAGAAGAACGGUGGCAGCGAACUUCGACCAACGACAGGGGCUCCUCCCCAACUCGCUUCUCUGGUAAAGAAGUCACAGCGUCCGACGAUGGACUCGUCUUCGAGUGGCAGCAACCGCAGCAGCAGCGCGGCUGUGGUGCGGUCCUCCUCACUCACGACUGAAAUGACACAUCCUCGUCGGCCUCCGUCUUCCGCCACCAUGGAAAGAUACCAGCAGCAACACUCGUCAUGUCGGCGAUUCUUCUGA